AUGCGUUCUUCUUUUCUCCUUGCUUCCUUGUCUGUUCUCGGGGGUGUGCUGGGCGAGUUCAUCAACUGCUACAACGGAAACGUUUACGACUCGUCGCUGCACGCCCUGCCCCAGAACGCCUACGCGUGCUGGCUCCUCGCCAACGGUCAAACGGUGGGCGGCUACCCGCGGAGAUGGUUCAACCACGAGGGCAUCUCCCCGCCUUGGGUCCCAGGACCCUACUGGGAGUUUCCUCUCAAAACCACGACUUAUACCGGCGGCAAGGCCGCCGGGACCUGA